CCCGGCCAAUCAGAUCUCUCUGGAGAUUUCAGUAAAUUACUGUCUGUGCACACGUUUCCAUCUGGCCACUUGACACUUUACAUCAGCAAAUAGGAUGGCGAAGGGCGAGGAAGUGAAGAAGGCGUCCGCCGGCGGCCGGAAGAUCAGCCCUAUGCGCUUCAUGCAGAUGGCACUAGCCACGACGGUACUCUUCUCCUUGGCCUACAUGUACCAGUUCGUGUCCGUGAGUAUUUCGCUGCGCUCAGCCGGGGAUUCAGAGGACGAAGACAGCGGUCUCGUGCGGAACCGGGUGCUGGGCCACUCGGUGCUACAUCUGCAGGGCUUCGAGGCAGGCCACAAGUUCGUAAGUGAAUACGACGUGGAGACCCAAGGGCCGUUAUACAUCCUGUUUAUGAGCGACGCCGACGAAAGCGGCAAAUACUGGUGCCCGGACUGUGAGCGCGCCAAGAAGCCCGUGAUGGACGCCUUCAACCGCGCCCCAAGAGGCUCAAGACUCGUGGAAAUCCGCGUGGGACCUCAAGCAUACUGGGCCGAUUACAUGAACGAAUUUCGACAGAACCAACUUUUCUACUUGGACCACAUUCCUACCCUCAUGCGGUACGAAGGAGACGGUAACUCGUCCACCAUGCUUACCGAGUCCUUCUGCACAGACCCGGACUUGCUUGACUAUGCAUUCAGAGUGAACAAGCCACUGGCAGGUGAGCCCAACAAGAACAAGGUGCUGACCAUGUACUCUCCUAAGGAGGUGAUCGACUAUCUGGGAACCUACGACAAUAGCCAUCCGCUCUUCUUGUUCUUCGUGUCGGGAUUUCACGAGUUCAACGGACGUCUGUGGUGCCCGUACUGCGACCGCGCGGACGUGGCCGUGAUGCAUUAUUACAAUUACACAGCACCAGACAAUGCGGUUCUGGUGCGCGUCGUGGUCUCGACGACGUACAAGCAGUGGAAGAAGAAGAAGAACCCGUUCAAACAGCCAGAGUUUCAGGAAAAAGUGGCACCCGUGCGAGGCGUUCCCUUCCUUGGGUUCGUUAAGAAGGACGUACCGGCCAAUAAGAUCAAUGUGCACCAGUUCAUGCCAGACUACCCGGAGACGAACAAGCUGAAGACGUUCUUCAAGAAUAAACCGCGGACGGCACGGCCCACCUAGAUAGCGAUUAACCUCGUUUUGGGUGCACUAACAGUAAGAAAAAAUGAGAAUGUUCAAAAAUUUGAAUCAAAAUGCAGUUUAGAAAUGGGUCGUUUCCGUUAGAAAUAUACCAACAUU